UAAGAUGCUUUCGCCACCUCUCAAUUUCAACAAGUGGGUCGAAGAGAACAAGCACAAGCUUCAGCCUCCAGUGGGCAACUUUUGCCUCUUCAAGUCCAAGGACUAUACCGUCAUGGUUGUCGGUGGGCCCAAUGCCAGGUCCGACUACCACUUCCAGCCCACCGAGGAGUUCUUCUACCAGGUGAAAGGGGCGAUGCUUCUCAAAGUGGUCGAAGAUGGGCAAUUUAAGGAUGUCCGAAUUGGCGAGGGCGAAAUGUUUAUGCUUCCUGCGAACACACCUCACAGUCCUUGUAGAUUCGAAGACACGAUCGGGCUCGUAGUGGAGAGGACGAGGCCUGCGGGCGAGGAAGAUGCCAUGCGCUGGUAUUGUCCUAACCUCGCCGCUCACGACAACCAGCCACACGUUGUCAAGGAAUCGCGCUUCUUCUGCACCGAUCUCGGUACUCAGCUGAAGCCCGUCAUCGACGCUUGGAAGAGUGAUGCGACCGCAAGGAAGUGCUCAUGCGGCUACGAACAAGGCGAACGAGAGCUCAUCGGAGAGCUGAGGGUCUGAUUGACGGAAUUCGUUACUCAAUCUGUGUGUCUUUUGCCCGAUGUACCGUCUCAGCCAGCACUCAUGAGGGCCUCAAUAUGGAUUGAAUCCAAACAACGUGAAAAUAACCCCCUCCUUUCCCCCUUGAAUUUUAAUCGUUCAAGGAGCAGGGUAUGGGUCUCUCUAAAUGGUAAUGGUGAAGAAGCUUACGUAAUGC